UUACCAGUUGCUACCGAGAAUUAAAGACCAGAUUAACCUGAAUGGCAGCAGUGAGAAAAUUGUGAAAAUACAAAGAAUUCUCAUGUGCCAUUCCUCGUGGAUACAAAGAUAACUACUUUCUCCAGGGAGGAAAUAGAGAUGUAAAAAUCUUAAGAUGUGCAGUCACCACCAGGAAUCUUAGAAUUGAAAAAGCCGCAAGAACCUGAGAGCUUAUCUUGUCUAUUUCCCUCACUUUGGGGGAGUUGUUAUUAGGGAUGGGGGGUGGUCCAGGGCCUAGCAGCCGCUAGUGACCAGAACCCGUGUCUCCAGCCUGUAGCUAGCACACUUUCUCCUACAUCUUAGAGAAUCCCAGGCAGGAUUUCAGUGGAGCUUCUUAGAACCUCCCACCCCUGGAUGUUUCAGCUGCUGCUGUGAUGCCCACAGAACGUCAUGGUCCCUCAGUUAACUUCGUGCCAGGGCUGCAUUGUACCCUUUAAUGGUUUACCAUGGACCAAGCGUGGGCAUCUCUGCUACCACAGGAGAGCUGUCUCAUAACCAAGCUAGUGCAAAGUACAUGUUGAAAGGGAAUCUUUGGGGACUCCCUGGCGGUCCAGCGGUUAAGACUCCAUCCGUGCUCCCAGUGCAGGGGGCAUGGGUUUGAUCCCUGGUCAGGGAACUAAGGUCCUGCGUGCCACAUGGCUCAGCCAUAAAAAGAAAAACAGAAGGGAAAUCUUUGUUUCAGUCAACAAGCAAACGUCCACAUUACCCCUUUCCUGUUUUUCGAUGUGAGGAGCAGGGGGGACAAAUAUCUGUACAAAUACGGAAGAAAGAAUUAUCAGGUGGAGUUGCUGAGAUCAGGGAAUUUAGAGGAAGAAGAGCAGAUGCUCCAGACCAGGUGGACGGUGCAGACUUGAACCUUGCCAAUGGACCUGAUUGGUUUUGGUUAUGCAGCCCUGGUGACAUUCGGAAGCAUUUUGGGAUAUAAGCGGAGAGGUGGUGUUCUGUCUUUGAUCGCUGGUCUUUUUGUUGGAUUUUUGGCUGGCUGUGGAGCUUACCGUGUCUCCAAUGACAAGCGAGAUGUAAAACUGUCCCUGUUUACAGCUUUCUUCCUGGCCACCAUGAUGGGGGUGAGGUUUAAGAGAUCCAAGAAAAUCAUGCCAGCUGGGCUGGUUGCAGGUUUAAGCCUCAUGAUGAUCCUGAGACUUGUCUUACUGCUGCUCUGAGGACCUGCAGGAACUGAAAACUAAAUUUGAGUCAUUCUGCUGUAAUGGGCAGAGCCUACUCUUUGUAUUGAAGAGAUAAAUUCCAAUAUGGAAUGUUCACCGUGGUCUUAUUUUAUGGUAGAAACUGCGAAAGAAACACUGUCACCUCUAAUAUGGACACUGGUUUGAAGGAGUUUGUUUUUUUUUUUAAACAAAUGGUUUAACUUUUCUAAUUGUCAGGUACUGGUUUCAUUAAAGAUAUUUAAUAAAUCGUGAUACACUGUU